AUGAACCGUAUUACUGAGUCCCAAAGAGGUAAAAUGAAGAUGAAAUUCACAGUUAGAAUUUGGAAUGUGAGGUCAUUAUGGCAAGCUGGAACAUAUGCGAUGCUGAAAAAAGAGCUUGAGAGGUUUAGAUAUGAUGUGAUUGGUUUGUGUGAAAAAGCAAGAAGAGCAUUAAUUGAAUACAAUUCGGUAAAUGACAGGUAUGUCAGAUUCGAAGGAUAUCUAAGAGAUAUUAUUGUGACAGUUGCUUAUGCUCCAACAACAAAUCAUUUGGAUGAUGAAGUUGAAACGUUCUACGAACAAACAUUGAAAGCAUUACCAGAGAAAGAUGUCAAGAUCAUUGUUGGGGACUGGAAUGCUAAAAUUGGAAAUGACAACAUUGGAUUUGAAAAAGUAAUGGAAAAAUACGGUGUAGGAGAUAGAAAUGAUUGA